UAUUUUCCCCGCUACGCUUCUCCUCUAACAACAAAAGCGCAUUAGGUAAUGAAUUAAAAUAUACUGUAGUGAUUUGUUCCCGAUAAUUGAGGGUUCUUUCAGCGUAUACUAUUGGGGGAAUGAAUGCGCUAACUCUCGCUAGUAGAUGGAGGAAAGUAUGAAUGAUGCUACGUCCAAGUCGUUUCACAUCGUGGCUAAAAAGAUGGGGUGGAUGGAUGAGGGAGGACUGGAGGCAGCGGAAAAGAAGUUAAUGAGUAAAGUUGGUAAGAGUCGUCAUGCUGGUACAAGUGGUCAUGGAUCAGCCAGUGAGUGGAGAAACUCAGCACUGAGUGAGUCCAGUGAUGAUGAAUUUGACCAGUUUCUUAUGGAAAGAUCCACUCCCCGAGCUAAAGCUGCUUCACACAAGUUCUGCAGUCCUGCAAUUAAAGGCAGUUCAACCAUUGUUGUGGUGAGCUCAGAUGAUGACGAUGCCGCUUUUGAGACAUUUCUUCAGCAGGUGAAAACUCCCAAUACCAAACCCAAGAAAACAUCUGAAAGCGGCAGUGAAGAUAGCCUCCAUAACUUUAUAGUGGAUCACUACUCAUCAGAUGAUGACUUUGUUGAGACAAAAUCAUCUUUUAAAGUUCCUAAGAAGACCAAUACUCCAGCAGCCCAGCAUCCAAUAAGGAGACCACUGUCUCUGUUUAAUUCACCGGUCUUUGUUAGUGACGACAAUGAUGAUGAUGAUGAUAUUGUGGUGAGGAGCACUUGGAGAACCCAUCACACAAAGCCCAAGUCACUUCCAAAGACAGAGAAUAAUCCUCCAUUGUGCGAUAAAGAGGAGAGUUCACCAUCGCGCCCCUCGCUUCCUGUUCCUUCUUUUUUGCGUCUUCCUUCAGACAAAGCUAAACCAUUAGUGAUCUCACCCAAGCGCACUUUUUCAGCGCCUUCUAAGCUGAAUGACUCAAGCAGUUCUGAGGAGGAGUUCACAUCCCUGCUGGAGAGACUGAAAAAGAAAAACAAUUUCAUAGGGACCUCAUUCCUACCCAAGAACAACAAAGAGAGCAGUAAGGAGCCUGCUGGGAUGGUGUCAGUUCCUCCUGUAUCCCAAACACCAGGCUUUAAGCCAUUUGAUGUGAAGACUCCGGGAAAAUCUUUGGUCUCGAAGCCCAGAGUCAGUCAGACAGAGCCUAGACCGGGUCCUACCAGUAGGACAGUGCUGUGUAAGACCCCAGGCUGCUUCCUGCAGUCGCUCACAAAUCCUAGCUCCAGCUAUGCAGACAGUUUUAAGCGGAACAAAGAGGAGCUCACAAGUAAACUGUACCAGCUGUACAACACCACUGUGUUUGGCAGUAAGCUCCCUGUGAAUAUGUCAGUGAGCUGGAACAAGAAGAUGCGUAAAACAGCUGGCUACUGCGUCACAGGGCAGGAAAAGGGUGGAGGGAACCGCUACGCCCGCAUAGAGCUGUCAGAGAAAGUCUGUGACUCUGCUGAUCGUCUCAGGGACACACUGAUACACGAAAUGUGUCAUGCUGCAACAUGGCUGAUUAAUGGUGUAAGGGACGGGCAUGGAAACUUCUGGAAGCUCUAUGCUCGCAAAGCAACACUGGCACAUCCUGAGCUGCCGAUGGUCACACGCUGCCACAGUUACGACAUCAAGUACAAAUUCCAGUACCAGUGCACCCGCUGCCAGAAUACGAUCGGCCGUCAUUCCAAGUCACUGGACACGCAGAGGUUUGUGUGUGCGCGCUGCACAGGUCAGUUUGUCUUGUUGACUCCUUCUAAGCCACGUGCUCCCACACCUUUUGCCAACUUUGUCAAGGAAAAUUAUGCAAGUGUGCGUCAGGAGCUGGCAGGACAAAGUCACGCAGAAGUGAUGCGCAAACUUAGCGCAGACUUUGCCUCCAAGACUAAACUGAGUCAAUGCUGAGCCAGCAUCUGUACUUACACAGGCAGCUUGUGAAAUCUCUGUCAGCUAGUCUUUACAGAGCAGCUUCUUUUCUGUGUUUGUCUGUUUAUCAUUGGAGUUUCUGCAACUGGAAAAACUGAAUGAAAAGAAAUGAAAUGUUUCUGAUUUUGUUUGUGUAGAUGAGAUGGUGGCAAACAGAAUUUCAUACCUCUUAAGGGACAGCACCAAGGUGCGUGUCUGAUAUGAGCCAUAGUUUUUUAUGAUUUGCUGAUGUGAUUUUUCACACCAUUAAGUCUUCAAAUAAAGUUUAACUUUUUAAUGCAUAAAUUGUGACUAGAGUCAGGAUUUCUUUCAAGGAGUAUUUAACAGUAUAGACAGAUGGUAUA